GUGUAACCGGUGAAACUUGUGGCAGACGAAACUUACAGACUUAGGCCUGGACCCAGAGCACAAAUCUGGUAAAACCCCUGCCCAGAGAGAAAGAUGGCAUCAAAUAAAAAGAAGAUAUGCAUUAUUGGAUCGGGAAACUGGGGUUCAGCAAUAGCCAAAAUAGUUGGUAACAAUGCGCUGGCAAUGCCGGACAAAUUUGACACUGAAGUGCGUAUGUGGGUGUUUGAAGAGAUGGUUAAAGGGAGGAAACUCACUGAAAUCAUCAACCAGGACCACGAAAAUGUCAAAUAUCUUCCAGGACAUCAAUUGCCUCCCAAUGUUGUUGCUAUACCAGAUGUCAAAGAUUCUGGUGAGGGAGCCGACAUCUUCAUUUUCGUCUUGCCACAUCAAUUUGUCAGGGGUGUGUGUGACAAAUUGAAAGGAAAUGUGAAAAAAGAUGCCAUCGCUGUCUCUCUUAUCAAGGGUUUCGAUGUAAAAGAAGGGGGUGGUAUCCUCUUGAUUUCAUCAGUCAUCAGAGAGAUGCUGAAUAUACCGUGUGCUGCUUUGAUGGGUGCUAACAUUGCAAAUGAAGUCGCAAAGGAAAACUAUUGCGAGGCAACAAUAGGCUGCAGUCACCCGGACUAUGGUGCAAUCCUUAAGGACAUGUUCCAGGCAGACUACUUCAGGAUCGUAGUCUGUGACGAUGAGACCACAGUAGAAGUGUGUGGAGCAUUAAAGAACAUUGUGGCAGUGGGAGCUGGAUUUGCUGAUGGUCUUGGGUAUGGGGACAACACAAAGGCAGCGGUCAUCAGACUUGGACUGAUGGAGAUGGUCAAAUUCUGUGAAAUUUUCUAUCCAGAUUCCAAACAAGCAACGUUUCUUGAAAGCUGUGGAGUGGCCGACCUUGUCACUACAUGUUACGGUGGCAGGAACAGAAGGGUUGCUGAGGCCUAUGCUAAAACUGGAAAGAGCAUAGAAGAAUUGGAGACUGAAAUGUUGAAUGGCCAAAAGUUACAGGGCCCUCCUACAGCAUAUGAAGUCAACUACAUGCUCAAGGCUAAAGACAUGGAACAAAAGUUCCCCCUUUUCACAGCCAUCCACAAUAUCUGUAAGGGUAACUUAGAUGUCAGCAAGUUCAUGGAUUGUUUGAAGAACCACCCAGAACACAUGUAAAACAGCCUAAAGACUUUACAGCUCAGUGAACUGUACACCAUUACGUAGCUUUGUUCAUUUCUUCUUUUUGUUAUUCAUUUGAGGGACAUACAAACAUAUCUUUCUCUUGUUUUUAAUUCAGUUAUAGAGAUAUAAUUUGUUUUUACUAUGUGAUUAACUUGGUUCAGGUGCAUGAUAUCUGAACAUAACUGUAUGGUGCAUGUGGUUCUGUAUAAUUUGGUUUAGACAUUCUUGUCAUCACGUUCUGUGAUAAUUUACAUUUUCUCAUACACCCUUGGUUAAUUAUAAUCAUACUUCAGUGUAUUAUGGUAUUGCUGGUGAUUAAUCAGAAAAAGAAAUUUUUAUAUCAAAUAUCAUUUCUGUGCUCUGACACAGUGUCAUCAUCUUAAAAACUCAACUUGUCCAGAAGGGGUGAAUGGAUUUUUGAUCAAUGAUCAUAAUGUACACAUUGACUUUGUAGAAAGACCUAUUUAUAGGUGCUGUUGGACAGUGUCAGUGUUGGUCAUGAUGGCCUGUAAUAGAGUGAGAUCUGCUUUGUAUCUAUGUCAUGUGGUAUAACAGUACAAUUCCUAAACAAGCACUAAUGGAUUCAUCAGUGUUACCAGGCCCCAGUUUCAUCAAUGUCUCUAGGAAUCUUAGUUUAAUAAUAAAUUUUCCUUAAUAUUCUGUUGUUUUUACGACCUGGUGUGUUAGAUUUUAAAUUUUCUUUAAGUUAAUGAACAUUGAUGAAACUAGCCAGGAUUGACUAAGGGUCUGCCCCUGCCCCUGAGGACUUUGUAUGAAAACUCUACAGGCAAGCGUCUGUUUCAAUACAAACAGAAUCUGCUGUUCGCCACUCCAUAAGGCUACGCAUUGACAUUUAACCUUUACUAUCUGUGCUCACACUAUUUCUUUUCCAUACUGUAUACUUGGAGACUUUAAUUUUCGACACAAACACACACUAAGAUCAAGACAGAGGGAAAAUGUUGAGAACUACUAACUGUAAAUAUCUUAUGUAUGGUCAGGAAUAGGUUGAGACAUUUAUUUUGUUUGAGGGUGAAUUUUCCUGAGAGGACUGUUUUGAGAUAUGCAAAAAUGUAAUCAUUAUAGGGGAAAAAAGAAUUUUUUAUGUGCAAAAAGUAUUUUAGAAAAUUAUGCUAAAUCCUCACUCAUCUCUGUCUUCUUUAUAGCAUGUUUUUAACAGAAAUGCAACUGUUGAGUCAAAAUCAGUCAAAUAUUGCUCUAAACUAAACAUUUUUAGAUGAUUUCCCUCCAAACACCUUCCCUGUGAAUGGCCAAUGUGUUUUUACUGGAGACACCAUCAGAUACUGAGUUGGCUACCAUUAGACAUUUAGAUCUAAAAUAUGUAUUGUAUUGUUUGUUGACUUACCCACACAAAUUGAUUUUAACGAUGAGGACAUACAAGAGUUAAGAAUUGAGAAUUAAGAAAAAUUAAUAUACACUUUUAAUAUAUCUUAGCAUUCAAAGUAUUAUUAUUUCUUGUCAUACAAUAGCAUUAUGAUUUUACAUUUCAGAAUAAUAAAAGCCACUCAGUCAAGUAAAAUUUCUUUGUUGUUCUUGUGGAUUUUGAAAUUGAAAUACCAGCAUUGGUUAUAGAUUCAUAAUUUGUUUCUUUUCUUAUUUAAAUACUGAAAACAAAUUCCAUAUAGAAAUAAUUAUCGCUCCAACCUUGAAUUCUUUGUUUUUGGAAAAACUUACUUCAACAACUUCUAGAAUUGGUUCCAUUCAGCAUAUAAAGGAUGUAAAAUACAAAUUUUAAAAUAUUGGUUGGUCAAAAGGGAAAAAAACAUACAUUAAACAACUUUUCCUAUAAAGUUGUUUAAUUUAGCGUGAGCACAGGCUGUAAAGUUACAUAUAGUUCCUAGGUGUGAAGAUCAAAAUAACAAUAAUACUGGGAUAGUUCUCUACCAACGCCAAACCCUAUAAGCACAUACAUGUACUUGGUAUAAAUUGAUCUUUAUUGGACUUGCUAUGAAGCAUACUGGUGUUAUGAGCCCAGAAAGGGAAAAGUUGCAAUACACUUUACUACAAUCAAUAAGACUAUUUUGCCAUGGUUGCUUAAAUAUAUCGUGCAUUUAAGAUAUAAUUGUAUAUUAGAACUGAACUCGGGGAAACAACAGGUAUAGCCAUAUUAUGUACUCAUCAAUAUCUGCUAGAAUGCUUUACUUUUUUUUUAAAGUUUGCGGAGUACAAACAAGUUGACUUGAAGAAUACACCAAACCUAUAUGCUGCUUAUUACAAUGUAUUAUCAUUAUCUUAUAUACUGUAUGUGUAUAUCGCCUAAUGCUAUGCAAUUAUAAUGUUGUGUUGAAUGUUUGGUGAUGCUGAACCCAGGGCUCCAUCAAUCUGGCAGUCCCUACCAGUUAUUUAUGUAUAUAUACAAAUUUCAUAGAAAUUCAAAUUUAAUAUAUAUAUAUAUAUAUAUAAUCAGUGUAUACAUGUAUGUGUGCUAGUGGAAUGAAGUAAACAAAAGCACAAAAAAAAUUCAAAGUUGAUUGAAAUGCUGUCAUAUAUAACAUUAAUUAUUAAAAGUAAUAUAUUAUAAUAGUA